AUAAUUAAUUUGGUGAAUCUUUUGUAGUGAAGGGUUUUCAUGAAAACAAGUAAAUACAAACGUACAUGUAUUGAUAAGUUAGAAAACAAUUGAAUGUGAUAUUAAAUUCUGCUAGACUAAGUGUAAACAUGCAACAUGUACUGGUGUAUAACAUUGUCAAAGUUUCCUUGUUUUGAUAGAAGAUAGUCUGGACAAGAUCCAUGCAUUAGACAUAAAUAUGUAAUUGUAUUUAAUAAUGUACAAAAGAAUUUUCUUUGAACUCCGACAUCAGUAUUUUAAUGUACAAGUAUUUAAUAUGAAUUUCUUAUUUUACAGAAAUCCAUGCCAAUCUACUGCCCUUGAUAACUAAACAGGAAACCAUGGCAAUGGACAUCAGCAAUGUCACAACCAGGCAAGAAACCAUGGCAGCCAGACAAGAAACCAUGUUAGCUGGACAGGAAACCAUAGCAACGGACAUUAGUAAUGUAACCAACAGACAAGAAGCCAUGGCAGCCAGACAAGAAACCAUGGCAGCCAAACAAGAAACCAUGUUAGCUGGACAGGAAACCAUAGCAACGGACAUUAGUAAUGUAACCAACAGACAAGAAGCCAUGGCAGCCAGACAAGAAACCAUGGCAGCCAGACAAGAAACCAUGUUAGCUGGUCAGGAAACCAUAGCAACGGACAUUAGUAAUGUAACCAACAGACAAGAAGCUAUGGCAGCCAGACAAGAAACCAUGGCAGCCAGACAAGAAACCAUGUUAGCCGGACUGGAAACCAUAGCAAGCAAUUCAGAAAUCAUACAAGAUAAGACUAGACAAGGUAAAUCAAUCCUUUUUACUGUUUAAAGUCAAAGUAAAAAA